AUGGCAGCCUCCUUGUGCAACGAAACGCCGAAUGAUUUAUCACAGCCUGGGAAGUUUAUCUUCUCUGAAGAAGACUAUGUGGUUGAUUCAAACCAAUGGUCUGAAACAAUGAAAUUUAAGUGCAGUAAGUUUGACAAUCAGUUGAGAUCACGAUGGGAUUAUGCUGUAAAAAAUGGUUAUUUCCGAUAUACUCUUGAUUCGUUGAAGACUCGAAUUAUAGAUGGGGAUCUCAAGUAUGUAGCUCAGUUAAACAUGAAGCGUGCAACUGAGAGAAGAAAACCACAAGUAAUUAAAAGUGUGUCACAACCAUUCAACCCAGAUCUCUUCAAUUUCCUGAAAAUAAAAAAACAAGAAAUUCUUCUAGAGCUCUGUCCACAGCAAAUUACUGAUGGAGAGGUAGCCAUAGCAACCAAUGGUGAUGAAGAUACUAUGUUAUCAGACACUCAUAUUAUUAUUAUCAAUGUCAGUCCGUUAGAAUAUUGUAAUGUGUUGCUUGUACCGAGUGUUGAAUCAUGCCUUCCACAGGUUCUUACACAGUCCGGAAUAGAGCUGGCUUUGAAGAUGCUUCUCAUCAGCUCACAUCAGGGUUUCCGUAUUGGCUGGAACAGUCUGUGUGCUUUUGCAUCUGUUAAUCACCUGCAUUUCCAUGCUUACUAUCUGGACCAUGAACUGGCAAUAGAAUAUGCAGUUACAAAGCCUGUAAUAGGUGGAUGUCAUGAAAUAGUUGGCUACCCUACAGCAGGAUUUGCCUUCCAGCUUGAGGAAAGAAAUGUUGAACAACUAGCAAGGGAUGUGUAUAAAGUCACAUCAUAUUUUCAUCAAAAUGAAAUUGCACAUAAUCUAUUUAUGACAAGAGGAACACUAUUUGGUGAAGACAAAUAUAGCAAUAGAAGAACCGUAAGAGUAUAUGUAUGGCCGAGACGUUCAUCAUAUGGUGCAAAAACAGAAGAUUCUUUCAAUAUAGCUGUAUGUGAACUUGCUGGGCAUCUGCCAAUCAAAGUUGAAUCUGAGUAUGAGAACAUGACGCAGGAAAGAGCUUCACAGUUACUCAGAGAAGCAUCAUUAUCAGAAGAUGAAUUCCAGCUGAUCAAGUCACAACUUAUAAAAACCUUUAACUAA